CGGGUUUCCGAACGGCGCGCCCUAUACGAUGUGUGGUUACUACGUCCCUUCCCACAACACGCCUAAACCUCGGUCAAACGAAGCCUCGCCGUACCAGCUGUUGGUUUCUGCGGAGUACUUCGAUUUCAGGGAAGAUGGACACGACCGUGUUGUAGUAAACGUAACGAGCAAGACCGAAAAUGUUCCUUUUAAGGGCUUUGUGGUUGCUGCCUAUGAUGGUUCAGGAAAGCCUUAUGGAAGAUGGGAUUCUAACCCUAAUGCGCAUCAGGUUCCGCGCUGUAAGAAGCCGGCCAUGACACAUAACGAGGCGUCACCCAAACGCGAGGCCACGCUGGUUUGGCGCCCGCCGGAGGGAGAGCACAGGGAGUGGGGAUGGGUACAGUUCAGAGCAACUGUAGUGAAGGACAUGAACAAUUUCUGGGCUGAGUUACCCCACACUGUGGCAGAGGAAGGAGUAUGAACAGGCAUUACGAAAAGUGUUUCCAUCCCCCUCUGUAUAAUUUG